AUGUCUCUCCUUCAGAACGAAGACUUCGUCUUAUAUCAACUACGGACCGCUUACCUUUCCUCGAUCAAAGACGGUGUCGGCGAACGACUAAUCAACGUCGACGCGAGUGUGCUGAACAACCCUGCAUUUCGCGCUGCUGGUUGGGUUCCCAAUGCCUCUGACAUCAAGCGCACGUACUCUCCGCCCAUCCCCACCGCCAUUACCUCGGAAUACUUCCAGGCUCCCCGAUCGGCUGGUCUGAAGUCGCCCGAAGGUUUUGGGGACGAUGAAGAGGAAGGCGGAAUGGUGACUGGAGGGGGAAGCAAUGACACGGUGGGACCUACGUUGAAUGCGAAGCGCAGGCGGAGGAAGGAGCAAUUAGAAGAGGAUGACAGCAGUGACCUCAGCGAUGAGAGCGACGAAGAUGACGAUUCGCACAGACCCGCCAAUCAGAUCAAGUUCACCAAGAUGCCACUACGCACCCGCUCUGGCUCUUCACCCAUACCUGGCUCCGCUCUGCGAAGAGAACUCGCCGAAGUUGGACAAGGACCCUCACUUUUGGUCACAUCUCCGUCACGGCCACGCGAACCCAUGCUGCGUAGAGCAUCCCUGGGUACGGUGGAAACAUCAAAAGCAAGACCACGAAGAGACACCAUUACCGGCAGUGAGAUGUCCUCUGAGAAUGAAUUUGACAGCUCAUCCUUCAAGAAAAGACGGGUCAAUCCUCGAAAAGCUGCCGGUGCAAAUCAGUUGCUUUCGCAACGGAUAGAAGAGGACGGAGAAGAAGCUGGUAAAACACGCGCACGACUGGAAGCCUUGAACGAAGAAGGCAACGAGUCUGACGAUUCUCUAACAUCCGAGUUUUCUGGUUCUGACGACAGUGCUUCUCUUAUAGGUGCAGGCGACCCCUUGGACUCGUCUCCAGCUGGAGGACAUCUUCCCACCAUGCCGGGCAUGACCCCCUUCCAAAGCUCACCAAAGAAGAGAAAGGAAUCAAUCCUGCCAACUCUCCAAGCUCUCCCCCCACCGCGCCCGAUUAGUUUCGUGCUGCCAGUGAGCGCCUUGACUCAGGCUCUCCGGGCCAAGGAACAGAAGCCAUCGAAUCCACUGCAACGCUUUGCCAUGUGGAAUGCAGCUAGUGAAGCCCAGCAAAAUCCUCUAUAUAUCAAGUUGUACUGCCCAUUCUCUGCAAAGCCCUCGAAACCCAUUGAGCUUCUCAUCAGGAAGUUCAAUGAUAAAGGCGAAGGACCUUCUGUGGCUGAAGCCAUCGGAUACGCCCUGCAUCGAUAUCAAGAGGAGAAGCUAGAGCCGCCACUAACUCCCGAACAGAUUAAUGUAAACCGCUGGGUCAUGCGCAUGUAUGACGAUGGCGAAGUCGACGACGAGUUUCCACCUCUCACAAGAAACAAGUCGUUGAAGGACUUUGCAUCCAACAAUGCUCGUGGAAUGAGACCUCGUGCACGAGAAAAGCCAUGGGAUGAGUUCGCGCUUGUCGAGGCCACUCAACGAGAGUUUGUCGAGAACGAGAAGCUUACGCCAAUCUACAGCGAAGAAGCAGCCAGUGCGGCCGUGUCACAAGACGGGCCUACCGAAAAGGAAGAGAAGAAACCCGUGAAACCCCUUCCCAGUCGUGCGAAGAGUUUUAGAAAUCCGAUUACUGGGCCCUCGUUCGCGCCAACGGCGACGCGUAAAGACACAAGCAACCUCGCCGACGUUCCAAAGGUGCCCCAAUCGCAUGCUGCAAGUCGUACUGGAGCCCCAAGGACGGUCAAUAUACAUUACACCGACGAAAACUUUCACACCAAACACUUUUCACUACCUUGCACGACUGAUACGUACAUUGCUGAUCUGUUCGACCAAGUCUGCCACGACUUACGGCUCGAUAAAGCACUCUACAUCCUCAAGGUAUCCGGUAGCACCACCGUAGCGCCACCAGAUCGUACGGUAGAAGCACUGGAUACGCGCAUGGAUCUUGAUCUGGUGCGUCGCCGGUACGUCGGUGAUGGGGUAUUUGGCCUGGCUGGAUCACCAGGCUCAUCAUCACCCAACGCCCCACUCAUCAUCAGCACGGGAGGAGCGCCAAAGAAGACAAAGAAGGGUGAUCGUACCGCUGCUGCUGUCUCCGGCCAAGGCCUAAUCCACCCACUCGCAAGGACCGGCGAUUCAGGCGCCUUAUCUCUCACAGCAACAAACUACUACCGCCGCUACCUCGUUCUACGCAAACAACCAAUGUCAUUUGCUUCCUCAACAUCCCGUAUCCUCGCUCUCGACAACGAGUAUAUGCAUAUCAUGCCCGGUGAGUCCAAAACCGGUGCUCGUGGUGGCUUUGGUGUCGAGGGCCAGGGAAAAACCACAACCGUGCAUUUUAGCAGUGUCAUUGGCAGCAAGGUUAGCAAGAAGCACCCGAAGAUGUUCCGCGUUAUCGUCUUCAAGGAGAGGGAGACGAAGCGAUAUGAUUUUGAGGCGCAGGCUACGAAUGAGGCGGUUGAAAUCGUAAGGGAGAUUAAAAGGGGGGUGGAGAGGUUCCAGGAGGGGAUUGUCUAG